UCGGCACGCACACAUUAACCUGUUACCUUCAGGCCACCGUGUAGUCAGUUCGGUUCUAAGCCCGCCUCGUCAAAGAAGCGUGUCAGUGUCUAGUUGCAGUCAUUUAACACACUAUGCUAGAAAUCUUAACUUGUCUUCAAUAGGCGACCACGGCUAUUUGACGUUUGCAAAAUGGCUGAGCCAAGCCCAGAAGGGGCUGAGACAGAGGCGCUGGGCACGUAUGUAGAUGCUGAAGACAUUCUAGGAGAUGACGAUGCGGAUGCGGAGCCCGAGUCGUUGACAGAGACUGCGGGCACAAACGCGCCGGCCGCGCCGGACGAGGGCCAUGCAGAGUCCGCUCCGGACGUCCGCGUCGAAAGAGCGAGCAGCAGUUCUGCACUGCCAUCGCUAGAGGAGGGGAAGUCGUCACGACCAAACACAUCGGGCGGGGGUGCCGCUGAGCAGCAGGGGAGUGGCGACGAACCGGUGUCGCUUCCUCCGGCGCCAGGCGCCACACGGAAGGACUUGGGGAGCCGAGGCUCCACACAGCUGGACAGCCGGCAAGACAGCCACCAGGAAGCCUCCACGAGUGGCUCGGGGCAAAAACAGCCGACGUCGCCAGGAGGCGCAUUGCCGCCCAUCAACCAGCGGGCGGGCACUAGCGCAACGUCCCGCAGUGCUGGCGCCAGCCCACAACCAGCCUCACCCAGCCGUAACCCAAUAGCCGCCCGUACGUACUACAAGCCACCACCACCACCGCCGCCGCCCCCAAAGCCCAAACCUCGGGAGCGGCAUGACACUUCCGCAGUGGACCCCACCUACCUCAACACAGCGGUCUACCGCACCGUGCCGGGGCUAGGUCGUGUCUAUGACUGGAAGCUGCAGCACGACGUCAACUCUGCAUUGCUAAAACAGAAGAAGGACAAGGAGCGCAUGGAGAAGGUACUAGAAGCGGCACGGGUGCAGCUGCAGGCGCGCGAAGCAAAUGAGCGCGCCUUCCAGGAGUGGAUGGCGGCCAAGGCACAGGAGAAGCAGCAGCAGCAUGUGCAGAGCCGGCGCAUCAACUACGUGACCACGCUUUACCAGACGCUGCUGAAGGAGGACCCAGUGGAGAAUCGUGACCGCGAGACGCAGUGGGUGCCAAACUUCGGCUUCUCCACUGGCGCAGCGGCGCAAGCACGCAGUGGGCCGCUGCCCAGCGAGAAGGAAGAGCGAUUCCGACUUUAGUGCAUGUUGUUUGGUGCUCGUUAUGCUGUUGUAGGCUUAGCGUGCUGUCGAGUGCUGGUGCAUUGUGGACUGCUUGCAAAUCUUGACUGGAGCCGGGUUUGCCUCUGCUUCGUCUGCACGUUGAUGACACAAAGGUUUCUCCGGUUUUGAUUGUUGGCUGUGCACUAGCAGGUGGUUUGUUUGCAUGUUGCUUGAGUCAUCAGAGCAGGCCAGGUUUGCGCCAGGGGUGCGCACACGGGGGGCAAACGGAAUUUGGUUGGGGGUGGGAACUGAACUCAAGAGAGGUGGCUGGGAUGGGCGGCGCAUGAAGGCACCAGCCAAGAGUGAAGGAACCUAGGUUAGGUGAGAUGGCGGGGAAGCUAGAGUGCGUGUGGAUUGAAGUGCGGCAGAGUGCUGGCCGGCUGGGUGCGGCUGCUGGGGUGUGGGCUGGCACGCGAAUUGGUUGCACUGCGUGCUCGUCAACCGUCUUGUCACCGCAAGCGGCCCUGUAUAAAAGAGGUUUCA